CUGCACCGUGCGUGGUUGUGCUGCUACGAGCUCUGACUGCUGAACGACAUAGUUGGUUAUAAUAUAUAAAUCAUGGCAGACAAAUUGGUGCUGGUGUCAGGGGUCAGCGGGUACGUGGCCAGUCACAUCGUGAAGCUCCUACAGGAGUCCGGAUAUCGCGUCCGCGGAACAGUUCGCAGUCUGAAGGACGCCGCCCGCAUCGCACCCCUCACUCAGCUCGCCAAGAACCCCAAGCACGGCCUCGAGCUCGUCGAAGCUGACCUAGUGCGCGAUGACGGCUGGGACAAAGCCAUGGAAGGCGUAUACGCGGUGAUGCACACCGCCAGUCCCUUCCCGCCCAUCGGCGCGGACGUGAAGGAAGAAGCGAUCUUCCGUCCCGCCAUCGAAGGCACCAGACGCGUCCUCGCGGCCGCCGCCAACGCCGGCGUCAAGAAAGUCGUCGUAACUUCCUCCAUCAUCGCUGUUGUCGGGAAAGGUGGCAUUGUGAAAGGCAAGAAAUACAACGAGGAGGAAUGGACUGACCACACCUCCGAAGAGGUCACCGUGUACGGCCGCUCCAAGACGCUGGCCGAGAGAGCAGCCUGGGAGUUCCUUGACUCACAACCUGAGGACAAAAAGUUCGAGCUGUCUACGGUGAACCCUGCGCUGGUGAUGGGCCCUCCGCUGAUGGAGUCCCACAGGAGCGCGACAUCGGUGGGCAUCAUGCGGGACACUCUCAGCAAUAAGCCGCCGUUCCUCCCCAGCAUUAAUUUCCCCGUCUGUGAUGUCAGGGACGUGGCACUGGCACAUCUUAAGUGCCUCACGAAUCCUGGAGCUGUAGGUAAGCGCCACCUCAUCAGCAGCGGCGCGAUUUGGUUCAAAGGAAUACAUGAAAUCGUGGGCAGUGAAUUCAAUCCUCAAGGAUGUAGAAUAACUACACGAAGCUUGCCAAAUUUUCUCGUGCGUGUCGCAGCUUUAUUCGACCAAGGUGUGAGGAUGGAGGUUCUGCCACGGCUCGAUGAAAUCCUGGAGCUUGACACAUCUAGGAUGACAGACGUGCUGGGGAUCAAGCCAACCCCAAUGAAAUCAUCGCUGCUGGACAUGGCCUACGCCAUGAUGGAGCUCGGCAUUGUGGACAAGCCUGCAAAAUAUUCAGGGCCGAAGUUCAGCCAAUAUUAGCAGCACAAAACUCAACAUCCGUUGAAACUUCAGAAGUUGUUGAGGAAAUUGUUCAACUACUGCACGUCAGGGAAGGAUUUUCUUUGUAUCAACUUUUCGGAUGGACGAAGACAGGGACUUGCGUAUGACGACCAGAUGAAGCACUCAAGUUGAAACGUUAAUAACGAAACUUCAUGUCCAACUUUAGCGUAAUGUUCUGUGUGCAAUAGCAAUCUUUCCGUACAGUGCACUUGAGUUGUGGAGCACAUUGUUUUGAUAUGUGCUGAAAUAUAAAUUGUAAGCUACGUUUUUGCAAAUCAUUUUUAUAUUCAAGUUACCUACAGUAAGUUCUAAUCUUUAAGCGACGAGCUGAAUGGCGAUUCAAUUUUAAUCCGUUUUUUAAUUGAAAAAGUACCGUGUGUUUCAGUGAUGUUUAUUAACACAUAAGAAUACUGAAAUAUGAUUAGAAAAGUGUAAAAUUUUGUGUUAAACAAGUAGAAAACUCUUUAAAAGUAGUAAGUAGCGCUGACUUGAUAUUAAGUUGUAAAUGACGCUUAUACAAAAAGUUAAAAUUUAGUAAGUAGAGAAGUCAAAACAGGCACCAGAAGUUGAACACGUUCCUGCCUUGUUUGACGAGCGCCAUUUCCGUAGUUUUGUUUACUAAUAACAUAUGAUUAAUUGAAGCCUUUGAUGAAGGUUACUGCAAAAUAAAGGCUGGAUGGACCAAUCAAAGUUGGCUGUGUUUCUUGAAGUGAUGUACGCGAUUUUUAACAUGCAGGCGUCACUCAUGCUGUAACUAUGUGAAUAAGAUUACUGUUGACUUCAUAAUUCGUUCGCGAUAUUGCAUCAUUUUUCAGCGCAGGCUUAUUUGCAUGUAUGUCAUAGUCGCAGAAAAAUUUGUGACAUUAUUCUGACAGCACAGUUAUAUGCUUGAUAUCAUUUUUUGAUGUAAAACUUACCCCAGACACUUAAACCUCAGUACAUUGUGUAUGAAUAAAAUACUCUUGAUAGUGCGUGUAAUCAAACUCUGACUACCGGUAAUUGUAAUGCCGUAUGAUUUCAUCGUUUUUUUUUGUAAAUCUGUGACCGGCGUUUUAGCUGCGAAGCAUUGAUAGUCUUUUUUUUCUAUGUGAUUUGACAUAAACGUCAACUAAAUAUAUAUAUAUUACAACA